CCGGUUUACAGUCAGCUGUUGCAUUUUUUUUUUUGUUAUGACGCUAAAGUCGGCUUUAUUGUUAUUGAAUUAUUUAAUUAAAAUUAAAAAGAAAAUAAUAAAAUAUUAAGAAGAAUUUUUAAGAUAUUGUGAAUUAAAAUGGAAUUACGUGAACCAAAGAAAAAACAUAAAGUAAGAUUAGAGAAUAAACAAUCGUAUCCAUUAAUUUUUGAUGAAAAUGGCGAUUUAAUUGUUUUUACUGCUCAAUUGAGUUCAUUGGGUACUUGUAUUGCUGAACCGGAUGAUAUGUCAGCAGUUCAAUCAAUGGGAUUUUUUGGAAAAGGAUCACUUUCAAGAAGUUAUCCAACAUUUGGAAAAGCACGUUAUGGAGCACCGCCUGUAAUUAAAGAAAGACAAUGGUUACAAAGAUUAAAAUGGAUGAAAGAAGUAAAAGAACUCAGUGAAGAAUUUCAAACAGAAAAUGAAAAGGAAAGAAUUUUAAAUGAAGAAAAUCUUCAAAAUCAACCAAGUACCUCUGGUAUUUCGGGAAAAAAAUCAAUUUCAAAAAAUAAUGAAUCUGAUAUUAUUGAAAUAAUUGAUGAUAAAAAUGUGAAAUCACGAGAAUAUGGAAAACGAUGUCAAUUGGAUAAGGAUAUUGAAAUUCUUGAUGAACCAUUGGCAAAAUAUUCAAAAUUUACAAAUCAACAAAUAGAUGAAAUAAUUUUAGAUUCAGCUGAGGAUGAAGAAAUUGUUGAAAUUUCAAAAGAGGAAUUUAAUAAAAAACGUAUUGAUUCAUUACAAAGAGAUGAAUUAGAAUUUUCAUCAGAGGAGGAAAAUAAUGAUAUUGAUUUAAGGAAAGUUUUAGUAUUACCUGAUAGCGAUUCAGAAAAUGAAAAUUAUCUCAAUGAUAUUAGGCCAAGAGUUGAAGAUGAUGGUUUUCCAAUAAAAGAAAGUCUUCAUUUAACAUUUGAAGAGAGUUUUUUUCUUGUCUUUGCACUUGGUUGUUUACGCAUUAUGGAUUAUCAAGGAAAAAUUCUCUCCAUCGAAGAAGUUUGGGAUCAUUUUUGUCGUGAUGAUAUUUAUUUUAUUCAAAAAUAUAUAAUUUAUCAUUAUUAUCGAAGUAAAGGUUGGGUUGUAAAACCAGGUCUCAAAUAUGGAGGAGAUUUUUUAUUAUACAAACAAGGACCACCGUUUUAUCAUGCAUCUUAUAUUGUUCUCAUUGAUGUUAUUGAUGAGACAACAUUAAAAAGAAUUACAGAAAAAGCAAUGCGAAGAAUGAGUCUUCCGGAUCUUAUUGGAAUGGAAAGAUUAUCUGAAUCUGCGGCAAAGGAAAUUCUUUUGUCACAAGUUAUGUGGCCAAAUUCAGUACCAAGGGAUAAUCAUUUGAUAGCUCUUGAAAAAUUAUCCGAUUUUACUGUUAAAGAAAUAUUAAUGAGACGAUGGAGAAUUAAUAAACGAACACAGGCAUCAACUUCCAUUCAAUCUGAAGACGAGGAAGAUUCGAUUUGAAUUAGGAAAAAAAAAAAAAAAGAAUUUCGGAAAUUUCAAUUUAUUGUUAACAAAAAACUAAAUUUAAAUAUAAUAUAUUUUUAUGAUACAAUUUA